AUACUUCUCUAUCUGGUCUGUUGAUACCGGUUUGUUUGGUCGUCAUCGUGCUUUACGAAUUCGUCGACUGUCAGGAUAUCUGCGAAAACCCUGGAUUAGCGACAUAUGAAAAUGUGACUUCAGAAAACGGUUCAUAUAAAUAUUCUCAUCAUUAUUAUUACUCACGAACAAUUAGUCACAAUCAGACGUAUCCAGUUGUUAGUGACGGUUUUAAAAACUUUAGUACCACUCAGGAUGUUAAGCCGAAAUUUUCGUUUAAAUUUUACGGUAUUAACGUCACUACAUUUAAGAUUUCUCGUGAUGGCAUGAUAACAAUAUUCGGAGAAAAAUAUAUCGGAUAUAUAUUUAAUUAUGUUCUGAGAGGUUUUUUUUCCUGAAUAUGAGAUGAUAGAGAACAAUGAUUUCAUUGCUGUCAAAUGGUAUUAUGAGAUACGGGAUGGCGGUACAAGUAUUAUAGUCAAGAUGACUAUUGUGAUACAUUCCUGUGACAAGAUAUCCCUCUAUUAUGAGAACAUCCCCACGGGACACAAGGACAGUCCACUGAACAAUAUAUUUGAAGGUUUAAUUCAGUGUGGAGAUGAGAUAUUAGCUCAAAUAGUAACUCCUCGACGAUGGAUAACAAGUGACACUUUAGUGGAAUUUGAACCUAUCGAGAAUGUGACAGAACCUGAAAUAACAACUCCUGCAGAAUUGAUGACAAGUGACACGUCAGUGGAGCCUAAACCUAUCGAGGGUCAACAAAAGAACUUGACUGAACUAAACUCAAUUGCACGUGAGUCGCUAUAAUUGUCUACAGACACUUUUUACUUCACCAUGUGUUAGACUAUUGAAAUAACAUUUCGAGUACUGGGGGAAUCGCUCGAUACAAUAGUGUUCGGAUCGCCUUCAGUAUUUGUCGAACAAAAUAUUAUUUUCACUAACCCAAUGAAUCUGAUGUGCUAACUGACGUUAAACAGACUGGAACGUGGCCACAUAUUUUGAAACCUUCCAUCACAUAAUGGGUUAGUGAAAAUAUUUUCGUGGAAGCCACAAUGAUGAUUUGAAAAACAAAGUCCCUCUUCCUUUGUCUUUCCGUCGAAUCAACAACAUUGAAAAUCAGUUUUCGGCUUGAGAACAGCUGACCUUCAUGCACUGAUUUCGAAAUAGUCAGUGCCAGUGAGCUCACGAAUUGAUUGUGCACUUCGCACAUGCAGAAACGGUAUACAAGAUAUAGAUUGAUGAUAAAACUGAUAUCAUUUACACGUUUCGUCAUUCAUGUAUCUUUUGUUUGAUAACUUGUAAUGCCGUCUCGCUAAUUUUUUCACAGUAAGUUGUUCAAAACACGAUUCCAUUGAAAAAUGCCAAAAUGCGACAACAUCAAGUGUGGAAUGUAUGUGGUAUGCAAAAGCUAAUAUGUGCAUUAACAGCGAUGAUAAUGAUGUUAAUGUAAGUAAUUGUAAAGAUUCAUAGAUUGUUUACAACAUUGCUAUAUUCCACAUUGUACAUCCGAUUACUCGGAAGAAACGUUUAUUACAACGAAUACGUUUUCAUUUCAUAGUAACAACAAACAAUGAAUGGGGUCAUAUUAAUUUUUGGAGCUCACUGAGCUUGUAGUGACUUCAGAAAUCCAGUAUGUAACUGUAUAUCUAUGUGAAUUGCCAUGAAUCACCUAUGAAAUCGGUUUGAGUGAUGAAGCGUAUUCCGUUGGAAAUUGUAUAUUAUGUUUGCAUAAUUAGUGAAAAUUUGUAGACUCUAGUUGUUAAAGCGCAGAACAAAGGAAUCACUGAAAUUCACACUGAAGAAAAAUUUCGGAAAAAUACUGCAAAAACUGAACCUUAUUCAGCGAACAUUUGAUAUUUAGUAUUAAUGCUACUGUUUCGUUUCUCUUUCAGAACACCACUUCAGGAAUAAAUGGACACAGUAAACAUAAUAACACACCUCGUUACUUGUAUAUCGUGAUACCAGUAAUCGUCGUCGCUUUCUGUGUCAUAUGCAUCGGUUGUGCCAUUUGGAUGUAUAAGAGAAAGAAGAGUAAUCCAUGAUCGACAGAAACGUCUUAUCGUUUGUUUUUAUUAUUUUGAUCGAGUUGUUUUAUUCUGUAUUUCAUCCGAAAACUUCUUGACAUUUUGUUAACCGUUCCAAUUAUUUGAACAAGUUUUAUACAAUUUUCUGUUUGUUAGCGUAUCGACUGAAGUAAUUCUGUUGAUUAAAUAACUGAAAUAUUUACGUGGAUUGUUUUCUCUCAG